AGAGGAGUACUGGUCGCCAGGUGCGCACCUUGGCGAGUUCCGCCUGCGGGAGAAGGAGCUUGGUGCAGCUGGACGCGUGGGAGCCCUUCGCCCCGGAGCGCGGCAGGCGCCUCGACGCCGUCGUGAAGGGCCACCUCGCCGAGGGCCUCCAGGGCGGCGCCCACACGCUCGGCCUCACGAAGCCGCCGCCGUGGGCGGGCGUGUCCGGAUCCCUGGGGUGCCUGGCUUGCGCGAAGCCGCCGCUGCAGCACAUCGGCGAGGCCAUCGGCAUGGACGCGCUCCUGCCGAUGCCAGGGGAGCGCCCGUGGGUGGAGGACCGAGGACGGCGCGAUGCUGUACUACGCCAAGGGCGGCGGGUGGCCGGGCAACCCGUGCUACGGCGACGUCCGCGUGAGGUUCCUGCACAUCCCCUGUGGCGACAGCCACCGGUUCACCGCCGCCGGGGUGCAGCGGGACGGCUUCCUGGAGAGCUUCCGCUACAAGGCGACCGCGCCGCGCGGCAUCGCGGCUGGCGCGUUCGAGUCCGGGGACUUCAACCUCGGGCCGGAGGGGGAGGACCUGACGACUGCGCCGUCGACGACCCCGCCGACGAGGAGGAGCGCCCUCGUAGGCGCCGUGCACGGCGCCUACAGGUCGAGGAGCAUGGGCGAGGGAGACCGACACCGCGGCGAGCGCCUGCUCGGCCGCGGGCGCGACCCUCCCAAGGGCGAACAGCCCAGCAGGCUGCCGCUCAGCGUUCAGGCGCUGCUGGCGGCGCUGUGGGCGGCCGCGGAGGGGUGGCGCUACGUGCUGGACCACGCCGCGCCCGAGGCGCUCCCGUGCCUGGCGCCUGGCGAGAUGAGCCGGUUCGGGUUCUUCGCACGGGCGCACGUGGGGGAGCUGGUGCUCGCGUGGAAGUUGCGCGCCUUCGGAUUCAUGCUGCUGGCGGCGGGGCUCGAGGUGGCCUUCUGGACCUGGCAGUUGGAGAUGGCCGCCUUCGGCGGCCUCUUCGCCGAGUCCCUGUGGCUGGUGGCUCUGGUGGGCGCUGGGGGCAUCGCCGCGACCACCAGCGCCGUGGCGGCCAUCUUCUACCGGCCACUGCUCUCCACGGCCCUGCUCGGUGUCGCCGCCGCGCUCUUCUCCGCGCUCUUCGGCUGGGUGACCCUGGUGACGGCCCUGGGCUUCGUCGGGUGCUGCAUGUGCGCGCUGUGCGGGCUCUUCGCUCUGCACCUCGCCCUGCCGUGCUGACUGCGGCCAAGAGGAGGAGGAGGCGGAGGAGGAGGAGGAGGAGGAGGAGCUCUCUCGCUCUCU